AUGGAAUCUAUCUACGAGGAAAUAAAGUCAGGAGACGAUGGGUGCCUUCGUCGUUUGCUGGAAUCCUGGGAAGUGAAAACCAGAACUUUUUAUGGGAACCUCUGCGACCAACUGAGUUCGUCAGAAAAUUUCAACAGCUUUAAAAAGCUUUACGAACAGUCAUUAGCUCCAGAAGCACCCAACGGCGAUCUUAAUCCACGUCAGUCCCCCCUCUGUUGGUUUGUCAUAGAAAAAUUUUCCUGACCUUAUUUAUGUUUAUCUUCGCCUUUCCUUAGUCCCACAAGUAGUUUUGGUUUAAAUCCGCGUAUUUUUGGGUUGCAUACUGUUUUUUUUCCGAUUGUGCACCUUGUUUUAAGAGUUAAUUCCCACGGUUCCACUCGCCCUUAUAGUAUAUGCAUGGACUAAUACUUCCACUGAGUACAUUAAUUGCCCGACUGAACCUUACUCAUCCAGAGAAGGGUUUUUCACACAAUUCUCACGACGGGGCUGUCGAGCUUAAUGGAGUAAAGUAGCUGUCGGUGGAGCUCGGUUUCGUGCGGGACGCGGGCUGUGAGAGGAACUACUUAUGAGCGAUAGUACUGAGUGUGUUAGAAUUUAUGUAAGGACCCUUAAUAAUUACAGACUAGUUGAAGACACCUGCGCUAACUAUGGCUUACAAUCUCCCUCAGCAGCUCUACUUAGAGAACCCUGUUCAGUUUGAUUGAAGUUUCCCUCUAAUCUAUCGAACUUGUGCAUUAGACGUAGGCUUUUCGUGUCCUCUCGUUCACAUUCUUCGCUUGUAAUUGAAAGUUUUGUUAGCGUUAUUGUUUUGACUACCAUGGAAAUGUUUCUGUGGUCAAUCCUGGAACUCAAACAACGUAACAUACUAAUAAGAUAAGGUCGACCGGAUCCCACUCUGACCACUGAGGAUGCAACAUCGAAUAGUAUAAUUUACCCCAAGAAUGACCUGUUGAUUUUCUCAGUAGUCUAUUUCGUCUGUUUUAAAGUGUUUCAAAUUUUUGUAAAUUAAGCCUUAUCGGUAAUAUUAGGUAGGUUAACCAAUUUAUCCCCAGACCUCUUUUCGGAAAAAAGUACUUAGACUGAAACGUUAACUUCAGGUAAUCUAGCCGCUGACUAUCUGGUGCGUCCACAGAUGGCGGAUAUCGGAAAAAGUUCCCACUGAAGACUAUGUAUGAAGUAGAAAAACCGCUGGGUCUGUCAAAGAAUCAGUCACAUAUCAGCAGCAGCACUGCCAACAGAAUCGGACGAUUGAGUUUUGACAAUCGACAAUCUGUUAAAUGCUACAGACUAACGACAGCACCGGGACAUGACGAGCCCGAGCGGUUAUUAACUAGAUUCGCCCGAUGAUCAAUGCCCUGAGGCCUGAGCGUCCGAACAGAGGUAGACCUGACGUUAAGGAGGCUCGACUUGUACCAAACCGCUUAAUCUGCAUCAUAUUCAAGUCUUUUUUGUCACGAAUAUCGAUCCUUGCUGCAGGUUCCGUCGAAACCUACGUAUAUACGACUCACAGUUGGCGAUGAGUAAGCGAAAACCACCUGCGCGCUAAAAAAACAGUUUCGCCGACGACUGUGUUUAUGGGUCUUCGUAUUGGUGUUGGCAACAUUGUAAUUCUUACGUCCUACGCCCCAGCGCGGAAUGUUGACUCUAUGCGGAAACAGGCUUUUAUUGACGAUUUUCAGACUGCUACCAGGCGCGCUCUCAUAUAUGAAGUUGUCGCCACUGUGGAGGGCGAAUUUCGUCCGGUCUCUGUAUACCACAGGCUCGGCCCCUUUAGCAGCCAUGCAGGUCAUUGAGGUCCUGGUGACCAAGUAUAACUGUGGCAGAAGGUUACCAAAUACCGAGUUCCUUUAGUUCACAGGGGAAGUCAAAAAACAGCAGAACACAUUGUGGGUAUUGCCUUCCAGCGUAAAGCUGUAAGUACUGCUCAAUAGCAGAAGUUAAAUGACUGCAUGAUUUGACCCAGACAGGGACCGUUGCCACAGACUAGAUGGACGCUGCAGUCGAUCUGAUCUUUAAAAACGAUCGCAUACACCUGUGAGAAUCAUUGUGGCGCAGGUAACCCUGACUUUGUCGCAAAACCCACAGUAAUCAUCCCUCUUCGCUAUCCUUUCCCCUUUCGUGACGUUUGGGCAGAAAUGGACCGUUAUGGCCUUCGACCGAAGCGAGAAUGUGUUGAUCAGCAUCAAACCCUGCAAUGCUGUCCCUACUGCCAGCAGCGUACUAGUUCGCUUAGUAGAUUUUGCUUGCAAACUUGACUCGGUACACUGAAUUCUUUUUAGCUGAGCAUACUCUUUGACGUCAUCACAUCUAGCACUUAGCUUUAUUCAAACCCUACUCUCGCAUAUUAAUCAUAAAAAUCUGUCUAAAUAGUGAGGAGAGUAAUUCCACCGAUGUCCCAUUCAGCGUCCACCAGAGCUGCCGUCUCCCACCAACUCAGUCGCCCACACACUAUAUCGGUUUUUCAGCACGCGUUAGCCGACCGUACGGGUGUUCCAGUAGACACUGGCUCGUGUAUUACGGGUCUUUACCACUCUGAGGACGCUGUAUUACCUGCAAGCUACCUUGGGAAAGUGCGGCGUGUGGCGUCCCAAGUGGGUGAACAGGCAGCGAAAGUGCCUAAAGUUGAUAAUCGCCUGGCCGAAAAAUCUGCCUAAUUACAGUAGAUGGCGGGGCUCUUUGCCUAGUAAAAGGUUUCUACUGCCAUUGUGCAAACUUACUACCGAACGGACAACGAUGAAGUCGACCACUAACUCAAAAGGGUGCAUAACUCUAAUUAAAACUUCUGAGAUCGGCACGAAGUCAGUCUGAAGAGCAUACUGGGAGUGCACGAAACUUCCAUCGAGAAAAUCCUUUUGUUUGGACAUGAGACGUGGUCUGUGUGCUCAGAAAAUUGCGCACGGAAGCAUAUAGUUGAUUGUGCCUUCACUAAGUCCUCAUAGUUGUCCUUCCCAACGAGCAGCUAUAAAGUCGGUCAGGAGUCCAGAAUUUCAACCACCUUAUUUUUACCUGUCAACUUAGAUCGGUACGUCAUGUGCUGGGCAGGUCUAAAGGUGAGACCGUCCGGGGUGUCAUCUCGCCGAAACAGCUCCUGUCUGAUAAAUAGAGCAUUUACGAUUCUAUCGCCUUUUGUUUGAGAAACAGUUAUGCCGACUGGUUGCAUUUUCCUUAGAAGGUGCGGUGAACGGACUGCAAUUGAAGGUGGCCGCUAUUGAUGCAAUGGACUUGCAGCCUCAUACAGGUAGGGUCGACAGUGAAGAAUGCGUUCAUAAGUACAAGUACCAAGUAGGCGAAAGUACUGACAUUUCGCGGCACGAAGUGUACACGUCUAGACAUGAAUGUAGUGGUGAUGUCAGUUUACCUGCUCAACGUCAUUUAUUUUCAUGACUGCUGUAAGUGCCACAUUUAGGAUCCACGGCAGUCUGCUCCCCAGUCCUGAGUAGAACGGAAUGUUUCUGUCAUUAGGCGACCGUCAGAGCCUCGACUGUUGGCACGUCGUGCUAGCUUUAAAACGCGCUUGGUUAAUUAUGAUAAGAAGCUAAGUGUUGGAUCGGAGCCAGUCCGAUCUCUUUGUUCCCCAGUGGCUGGUCCGAUUCAGACAGACUGGCUGUAAGAUUGCGAGCAGUGACUGGGGUAGCGUGAAAGUCUCCGCCUUCGCAUGCUCCCUGCAUACUCAUUCCUCAUUCACUUUAUCAGACUUUGUCGAAGGACACCGUAUCCAUAUAUGUGAGAUGUGCACAUUGUCACAUGCGAGGUGUCACCCACCAUAGCAAAACUAGCAAGUCGCAUCACACGGCUGUCGCGUAAGCAAUUGUGUGUUGUGCUAAUAGUGGACGUGUACAGGCUUUUGACCGAACUGGUCCUGCGUUGCCUAAAUGUGUGCGAGUGAUGGUAGACCGAAGUGGUCUAAGUGAGAUCCGAGUCCUUACCAACCAUACAACUUCCUGCACCGGUCCUUAGGAGUAGUCAUUUUCCCUGAACGGAGAAUAUCUCUCUAGGUAUGCGGAUUGGUAACACCGAAAAAGCAACAACCCAUAACAACGCUGUAAUCGAUAAACCUACUUGAUUACAGACGGCGAACAACCAAUCGAACUUGACAAGCUGUCUUCCGGUUUCUUAAUUGCGGGAUUGCUCAUUAUUGUCAGACAGAGUAUCAUUAGCCCAUUGGUUAAUUAUAAGGCAUAAUCUUUGCAGAUCUUUGUAUCAGUAGCUCUUGACUAAUUUUUGUACAAAAUCACUUCAUGCCUUGAUCACUUCCCUAAGUGUCGCAAAUGUGUAUUCAUUGACCCCCAAAAGACGUUGCUCUUGUAAAAUUUGUGACAUCUUUGCUAGCUGGGGAAUGCGUCAACCCGCAUUCUAAAGACAUACUUCCAUAUGUUCAUGAAACAUUAUCAGCCAUCGCAGACUCCGAUAGUCGGGUGAACACUGCUACUAUUUUGAUUUCAGGAAAGCCAGCUUCCCACGCGGUCAUGGACGCGUGAUAUACGGGUUGGCACACCGUCACUGUUGACUUUAAAGGACCGGAAUGAAGAUAAAAUCGACAAAUUUACCAGUUCACGUUGUGCCUAGCUUGGUUCUUCAAACUGCAAUAAAUUGUCACAUCGUACUUCUUUAGCCGUUGUUCUUGCCUUAAACAUCGCGGAUAACGACGUCCGAGACGGUUGCUGUUUUUAAGCAUAUUCUCCCAAGAUGGUGUUUAAGAUGUCACAGCAAGAGUGGUGGAGAGCUUCCGUGGUAUUGUUUUUCUACCCUUCUGAAAUCAUCAGAGUACUCGUACAUACUCCUGGUCUUUUGCGUGGCAUCGAUAUGUCAGUUAUCGCUGUAGCUCAGACCUCCAGUAGUUCCCACUAAUCGUCUGCUUGAGAAUGCGUUUGUCAUUUAUCCGCGUUCUUCCUAUAAUGACACUGUAUUAACGCAUUUUUUUGCAAAUUGUCUUCGCCUUAUCUCUUUGAAGUAUUUUUUACCUUGGAAAAGGCACACGUUUUUAGAAUUUUAAAGCACUAUCAGACUGACAGGGUCGCGUUUUUGUGAAGUUUGGUUUCCCAUUCCAUAUUUUUGCACUUUUGUAUUUCUCGGGUUGUUAAUUCGAUCUAGUUAAAACAUAUUUAUUAAUUGUUUAUUCCGCCGAGGUCAUAGUUAUAGUCGUCAAUUAACACUGAAAGGUUGAAUGAACUUAUGGCAAUAAUAGUCUUGUUAGAAAUCUUGGCACUGCCCUUUCAUAUUUUGGUAGUUUACGUCGGCAGUGCAGCUAGCCCUGAUAGUCGUCUUUUUGCACAUUUUAUUCUGAUUAAGUGGAAGAACAGUUAUAUGCUGUGCUCGGGCUUCGCGCUGCGCUUGCAACAGAGGUCAAGUCUUUGGAGGCCCUGCGUUACGAACUGGAGGACUCGGCCUCGGACUUUCAGGUGCGAAUCAGUUUGGAACAUUCAAUUGCUACUCGUCGCGAGCUGGAAAACGAACUUCGCUCCACCAGGUCACGCGGUAAGCACUUGAUAUUACCAGGUUACCUAACCAGCCUGGUUCUAUAUUGCUGAAAUUUAUACAAAUUGUUUGUAUCUUUUCCAAGUCGCACAUAUUCCGGCUACUUCAGUCAGCAACUUGGGGGAUACCUGUCGGGCUAAUAAAAAAGUAGUGUGCUUUGUGCCAAAAAAUUUAGUCUCACGUCAGCGAAGUUAAAUUCUGAGGGUUAUGAAGGGAAGGAGAAGAGACUUCGCGGACAACUUUAUUGGCUGACGGCGUCUCCUAUCCACUGUCAAGGUAUUUAUUGCACAGGAGGAUUGAACAUAAUUUUAGCGGCCUUCUGAAUUGAGUACCUCUGUCCUGACCGCCAUUUUUCUUCCUAUUUGUUCAUCACCACCUAUCUAACAAGAUAUCGGUAGUUAUGGCCCUAUUGUAUGCGCGGUCGUCUAACCAUGAAGGGUGAUAGCGAAUCUGGAGAAGUCGACCCACUUUCUCCUUUAACUGGAAUACUGAGGAUCCACAAACCACCUCCAUGCCAUCACGCGAACUGCUGACUCCCUCAACGCCUCCAUGUGAUCGACAGACCCCGACCAAGGACAGCAGCACUGAGCUCAUGAGGCAGACAACGAUGUGCCCAAACCACCUUGGUCAUAUUUCCUGGACGGUCUGAUAUAUGCUCGCAAUGUCGCAACGAAUGCCGUUUCAGUCAAGACAAUUUUAAUGUACUUCGCUCGAAGGAGGGUUCUCAGACAAUGGUGACCAAGCAUUUCCGGUGUUCGCUUAUUUUCCGCGCGCGCGACCCAGCAUUAACAGCCGUAUAAAAGGACUGACGGGGCGAUGCCCGUCAAGUCCACCGAUGCUGCAAGCAGAACUGAUUCGAAAGACGGUUUCGUCCUUGCUCUGUCCGUUUAGCAAUAGUCCCACCCCAAGGAAUUCUAAAAGGUCCAUUUCAUUUUGACAGUUGUUAAUUCGGAGAUGACACCGUCAAACCGCCCAGGGCUCUUCUAAGAAUCUACUGAAUAACGUAGUUCAAUAGAAUGAACGAUAAAUCAUGAAAAGAGUGUCUACCAGAAUAUCGUCUAGUCUUAUUAUCUACAAUGGUCAGCGAAGCAGAUGACUGUCGGUUGUUGGUAGCCAUGGUAGAAUUAAACAAUGCGUCUCACUGCAAAUGUCUGGUUUGUGCACCCACUCCCAGUUCGGAGUCUGGCUUAAGUUGGUCGCAUCCUAGAGCCACAUAUUUUCUCGAGUUGUCCCAAAAUAGUAACGUCGAGGACCUUUGCAGCAACGUCGGCGGGACUCACACAUCAGUAGUUCUCGCACUUUGUCUUUUCUUGUCUCACGGAAACAGGCAUAAGGGCCACUCAACCCCAGGCAUCCGGACCAUGCUCAUCUCGUGCUUCCCUCAUCUCCUCAUAGAGCCGGCUUAUAGACUUUAACUGAAACACCGUCCUCUCAGGGUACCUUUUGUUGUGCAGCUUCCAAAUUGUAUUGGCGAUUUCUCCAUGAGACAAGGAUGAUACGACGCCCCAUAGGACGGAAAGGAAUAUGAUUCCGCUGCAUAGAAGAGAGGGGGUAAUGUGUUGGUCAUAGGUGUUGCGAAGGUGCUCGAAGUGCUCAUGUCACUACCUAACCUGGUUAACAAUUUGGUUGAGUUUUUGAGUGUAAUCAAUACUUUUGGAAUUGACUUUGACAUCCAACACUCCAGUCUUGUAGUUUGUGUGCGCCUCUCCAGUCGUAAUUGCCGUCAUUAUUUUGAGUUAGCUGGAGAAAUAAUCGUUGCAUACCUUAUUCAGAGAUGUCUGGACAGACGGUUAACCGUGAGGUCCUUGGGUCGGUCCACCCACGGCGACUUUGCUGGAUGAACUCAAGAGUUCAUUCAGUUGCCUCGCGGGCGGAGGAAUUCAAUGAUUACCAUGAGCUUCGAUUGGAGCCGCAAAGCCAGACCAGAUUUCUGCGCCGGAGCCUCGUCUGCGCUCAGUUAUCGUAGAUUUGCGUCACAAAAGCGUCUGGCAUUUGAGCAUCUGGGCACAGACGAGAGGUGAGCUCCUCGACGUGUGGAGACUAAAACCUGGUUUUAUCCAUAGGUUUUAUCGUUCUCGGUAUCAUGCGUUGAUCUGCUAUUAUGAACUAGCUAUGGAAACAUAAACUGUCUGCAUUUUGGUCAGUUUGACUAUCUGUAUGACGAUCGCUUGAAUACCCAGUCAGCAGGCGUUUACAGCAAUGAUGAAAACACGUGAUGUAACUACUAGCCGGUCCUGGUCGGAACAGCUCGACCUUCUCGCAUCAUUGUCGCAUCGAAAGUCAGGCCCAGUGCGACUAAGGAGGUGGCUGUUUAAGGAGUUGUCUGGUCCAGCCUGGCUACUUCAGUCCCCAGUAACAAUCAGAAAAUCACACCAAGGGAGGCCUUCAACCAGUUCUUGCAACAGCGAAAUAGAAGGCUUCUUUAUUAUGCCGUUUGGUAGUUGGUGUUGGUGCGUAGGCUUUGACGGCUAAGAUGUUUGUAAACUGCACCUUCAGUCGCACGUAAACCAGUCGGCCAUCCAUCGAUUCCGAAGCAAACAGUUUCAUGGUUCGCUCAUUGCGGGGAGAUAAUUGUAGCAUCGUGUUAACCGGAAGAGUCGCGUGCACCGCUGUGAUACAACACAAGGUGGGAGUUGAUUACCUGGUCCUUAAUUUCGUCCAAGCCUGGGUCGGGUAUUCGGGCCUCAGAUAAAGCAGACAUCCACGUUCUACUAAUGGAGACUACUCGUCUCCUGGCUUCGGUCGCUAUGGUAUAUGAGCGUUCAUACAUUUCAUCAUUCGUUACCAAGAGUCCGUUCCCGAUUGAGUAAUCGCCAGCACCACUGUACUAGGGUUGGGGAAGGCACCAUUUCGCGCAGACGUCGCUGCAUGUAUCGUAAUACGUAAAUCUGACAUUUCCAUGGGGUUUCUUGGAAAUCCUGAGUACGGACAUGUCCCCAAUGGUCGCUCGAAUUGUUUAUUCUGCACCGUCUCUAUUGUUUCGGCCCAAGAACCCGACAAGAAGGCAGCGAUGACAAACUCAUUUAAAGGUGGUUCACCGUUGUCGUGUCUCAGUGCAGUCAUCGGAUUUUGGGGCAUUUUUAAGGCAGUCGGUGUGCCGGACCCCAGCCCUCCGCGCCCUAAUAACCGAUUGCCCGCGACCGUUUAUCCGCCAGACCCAAGAGUCUGCCUAUUUCGCAGCUAACCUCUGGAAGGUCAUUUCACUACUCGCCAACCAUGGCCGCACCGUUAGCCAGGUUCUAGACUAACGGGUGAAUCCUCGCCUCCUUGUGUUUGGACCCUUGCCAAAGUCAGUGUUUGAUGAAUUUCAGCGCCCACUGUGUCUCUGUAUUUCUGUAAGCGCACAAGUUACCCACCCAGGGCUAUGACUGUUCCACUUCAAAAAGGGACACGGCACGUUCACGUAUGCCCUUUUAUUUUAAACCCACUUUAUUAUCACUCCGUGACUCGCCUGGUUUGCCACGCCCUACUGGUUUCGGUUCUAUCAGUGUGUAGCUUUGGGCCUCCGAUAGGUGAGCAUUCGCCUAGCCUUUUGUUCCUUAUGUCUGACUCUGCUCUCAACGAUUUGGCUUCUCACCGCGAGCCCGUUUGGCCCUGUGUGGUGAUUGGCGUCAUAACAGCCCUUGGUCGGAGGUCGACUAAUUGGUUUGUUCUCCUGACAACUCACCUCCUCGCAUGUGAAUUGUGGGAGGCAGAUCCGUGACUACUUUUAGACUUUGUUUGGCAAAGGACGAGCACAAGUGCCCUCAUUGCACAGUCUGUUCCUGUCCAUUCACUUUUUAUAGCUAGCUAUUUUGAUUUAUGGCGCAAUAAUGGGCGGGAAGCGUACUAAUUAAUGCGGCGAACUAGUGCUCACAUGUAUUUGAGCGACAGAUGACCACACGAUUGCUGUGACUGCCUUUAGGAUGGUGGGGGCUAACAGAUUUGGUCACUUUCCAUAUUCAUUUAUACCUGCCUGAACGACGAUCGGGGAAAUACGGAAGGCAACAUAAAGUAGCGCUCUUGAGUAGUCAAACCUACUUAUCUUCCCCACGCAGGGACCAAUAAUUUUUUUUGUUACUCAAAGUUAACGAACUGGAGGUACAAAAUCAGAUUCUCAACGCCGAGAUGUUGGGCCUGAGGAGUAAGUACGAUGCAGACUUGGCCGAGGCAAAUACACGUGUACGGAUGGCCGAGAAAGCGGUCAUCGCGGCGACCCGCCGUACCGGCCCUCCGACAGCCCCCGCUGCCCCUGCUGCCACCAACCAAAACGGUUCGGCCUCCGACAUUGUAUCUGGCCACACGACUGCGACAACUUCAUCUGCGCGACCACCGCCAAGAUCCUCAGACCGUCCAACUGUCUCCUCAUUCUCUUCAACAUCUCAAUUCCGCUCGCUUUCAGAUAAAUUCAACGUAAGUACAGUGCUUUUACAUUUGAGCUAAUGGCCUCGCACAACUAUGUCGCAUUGCAUUCUGACGCUGACGCCUUUGCCGAAACUCAUACUUAAUUCCACGUCAGCUGAGGUUUUGGUGCCUAUUUUUUUCAUUUUCAUCAUAAAUGGACUGCAAUUGGCCAGCAUGUUUUAUUAUUUCCCCGUCUCCAUUCUGUUUAUCAGACGCAUAUUCAUAUUUGAAGUCUUUAAUGCGGGCCCCGGCUCACAUAAUACUUUUGCGAUGAAGGACUGUGCUCUCAGACUGUAACCGAACACCGCUCCUUGGGGGUCCUCUUUUAACGUACAGGAACCUCGCUAGUAGUGUAGAUCGGACUCCUAGAUGACAUUUCAAUAGAAGAAUAGGCGAUAACCGGAGUGAGUGUCUUUUUGCUGUGACGUUCCGAAGAGUUAUGUCAGCUGCUCACAUUCAGAGACUGAAGAUUCCUGUGCACAGCCCUCAUUAUAUAGCACAUUUUGCCCGAAACGCAGGUCGCCAAUACCGAAUUUGGGGGUGGAUCAGAUCGCCGUGAUUUCGUUAAAUAAACGGAACCGUUAGUUAUCGCCGCGGGGACGACACGGGCCACGGUAAAACGAGAUCUGAUUCACCCCCAGAGUCGACAUUGUUAACAUACUCAUCAGGCAGAGUGCGAUGUGUAAAUUGGGCCAAAAUCAGUACUCAAGGCGCCAGACCCAAAAUAAACACCUCGUGAAGUGCAAGCACCUGCUUGCACCAUCCCCCAAAAAGGAAUUUUGUUUGUGGGUAAAACAGUAGGUGCUUUGUAGAUGUGUGGUCUUAAUCAAGCGCUUCUAAACUACUGGAGGCGGGAUGCUGGUGUGACAUAUAGCAUGAGGUGGUCUGCUCUCUUUUCUUUGAACGACCGGCCCAUUACAGGAGCGUAUCGGCGGCUAUGCUUACGACUCCGUUUCUGCGCGGAAAUAAAAGGGGUGUUACUUAAUUGGCGUCUCGAGUUCUACCUGUUCCAUCCGCGAGCAGCUUGUCGUUCUGGAGUCUUUGGUAUCCGUUACAUCCGGAUCGACUAUGUUUCGGCCAAUUCAUUUUUACAUUUUUGUAGUUUUUAGGUGUCGUGCUUUGAUUCCUGAUAUUAGCUAUUCAGUGGCGUACCCCCUUCGAUUUACUGUAAGGCCUUUUCAUUCGCACACUUCAGCGUCUUUUUCUGCGUGUGGUUUUUCUCUCCAGUAGCUUUGCGAACCUCCUCCCUCCCACUCUUACGCCCACGUAAGUUUUGCGAUUGAUACCCAGCGUUGGCGGAAAAGACGCAUAUGACUGCAUCAGAAUUCGAACAAUGCAGAAAUAUCGCAGGGAGUAGUAUUUGACGAUUCUUGGAUUUCAGUACGCCCUGUGCAGUUGUCAUUCAAAACCCGGCAGUUUGGUCGUAGCAAGCGACAAUGUUCACCACUAUCGCGAGAAGUAGGCAGUGAUGUUGUGUACGGAUAUUUGUUUAGCGUGCAUCAACCUCGUCGUUAUCAAACCCAACAUGUUCCGGUGGUUGGCGUUGCCCCAGUGGCUGACAAAGCUGAACACCCCGCCCGCGCGUGCCAUACACGACCUAAAUCCCAACUCCACGCAUACCGGGCUUCAACAACAAAGUCACGGAUAUCCGCUCUCGUUGAUACGCGUGUAACCUAGUAGGCCCAUGCAGUGAUCGGCGGUGUGAACAGUGGAGGAGGAUGCGGCGGGUGUAGGUUGAUGCUCCGGGCACUGACUCGCCAGUCUCUGUACGAAGGAUUUGCAAGUGACCCACCUGGCUUACGUGUGAGUGAAGUGUGACCAUAGUGAGGACAGAUUUGGGCCGAAUCCACAUCACUGGUGUUGUCGGUGACGGGGUUGGUGUUUGGUGGCGCGUCAGGACGGUGAAGUGGUGAUAUGGGCAGGAACCGCCUCAGCGGGUGUUAAGGUGGUGGAGGAGGCAAUGGGAGAUCAGGAGCGCGGUUUUGGUUGGUUAUCGACGUGGGGGGCGAGGCAGAGGUGGGCGGAGAGACAUGAGAUGGUGCUAUCCGGGUGCCGCAAUUGGUUUGAAGAUGUCCAAUAAGACCGAUUGGUGCUUGAAACGUCCGCUGACAUCGUGGCGACAUCUCCAUAUAAGAGUUUUUUGGGUAGCUGCUCGUCGUCCAUCCGCACGAGGUGACCGCUCCAACGCUGUUGCAGUUGUCACACCAUGGCGUAGAGGCUGAGGAUUAAAGUCCGCUCCAGUAUUUUCGUAUCCGGUAUCCGGUCCUGCCAUCUUGGCUUUAAUAUCCGUCGAAGAGUGCUUAGAUUGACGUGGUUGAGUCUCCGCGCCUGCCUCCGUUCCCUACAGCAGCGUUGGAAGGAUGACUGCCUCGUACAUUUUCAGUUUUGUGUUGAGAUUCAGACUCGAACGGCUCCAGACGGUGAUUUACAGACGGCCGAAGGCUUGGCUGGCCUUGGAAGUCGGGCGAGCCACUUCAUCGCCGAUUUUGGUGUUGCCCGGAAAGGCAAAGUUGUCCACAACCUGCAGUUCGGCGCCGUUCACGUUGAUUUGUGAUGCGGCAUAGGCAGCGUUGGGUGGCGGUUGGUACAUAAUCGCCGUUUUCCCCGUAUUGAUGGGUAGGCCAAAAUUGUCACAGGCGACGCCGAGGAGGUCCAUGUUCCUCUGCAUGUACCCUUCGGAGGUGGCGUUGAGGGCCCAGUCCUCGGCGAGGGGAAGUUCACGGACGGUAGUUGUGGAAAUACGCGACUGGAAGUGCAUUCGCCGCCUGCAUGAUUUUCCACUGUUCUUCGCGAUUCAACAUGUCAAAGGCUUUCGUCAGAUGAAUCUGCAUCUCCUGACACGUCUCCUACCGUUGGCGGGCGGCGAAGAUCAUGUCGAUGGCGGCGGAGGCCGCAUUGGCUUUCUUGAAGGAGUCCUUGUUCCAGAUGACUGUUGAGAUGGUUGAGGAGGAUGCGAGCUAAGGUCUUUCCGAUGAUGUUAGGAAGGCAAGUGCCUCUGUGGUUAUCGAAGAGUUGGCGUUUCCCUUUCCGUCGUCUCUAAAAUCCCGACGAGCAGGUUUCUGAUGGCGGCAUAAUUGUCGUCGAACCAGUCGUGGUGUUGGCGAAAUGCGCGACCGAGGACAGCCAGAACCGUCGACUGGACUAUGUAUCGCAGUUGGCAUCCUCGGUUCUCCACGGAGACGUUCUCGUCAGCGGUGCCGGCUGCGGCGACUAGAAGGCUGGCUAGUCGUUUAUGAAGCUCAUUGCUGAAAUGGAGAUGGUGAGCAGGCAAAGACAACAAAGCAAUAUUCACCUUACCUGGGGAUUGCGUACCUCGUGGUCUCCUGCGAGGCUGUAGACGAAUCCUCCUCUUGGGGAUAACGAGGCGGUGGUCGGUCCACCCGUCAGCACCCGGGAUCGCCCUUGUCACCAGCACGUCCUGCUUGUCUCGCCUCCGGACGAAGACGUAGUCCAGCAGGUACCACUGACGCGAGCGAGGAUGCAUCCAGGUGACCUUCUCUCGCGUUGGAGGACGGAAGAAGGUGUUGGUCAGAAUGAGGUGGUGUUCUGCACAGGUUCGUAGGAGGAGCAGGUCAUUGUGGUUGGAGCCGCCGAGGCUGUGGGGCCGCAGCACUCCUUUCCUGGCAGCAUGGUCUGUGCCGACGCGAGCGUUGAAGUGCCCAAGGCCAAUCAGCUUAUUCGCCUUCGUCACAGUCGCCAGGAGGGCCUGUAGGUCCUCGUAAAAUUUAUUUCUCGCGUCGUUAGGGCUGGUCAUUGGGGGAGCGUAGAUACUAACGAUGGUGACGAGUUUGCCUCCCUGGAGAGACAGGCGGAGGCUCAUCAAGCGUUCAUGGAUGGCCUGCGACAGACAGGGUAGUCGUCCCACAAUAUUGUUACGGAUGGCAAAGGCGACACCCGCGUCCUGUCGCCCUGCCUUGUGGCGACCGCUCCAGAAGAAGGUGUAUCCGACACCCACCUCCUCCGGUUGGCCUUAUUGGGCGAACCGGGUGUCGCUGAGUGCAGCGAUGUCCACCUUGUAGUGCACCAGUUCUCGAGCUACUACGUUUGUCCUUCAUUCCGGUCGGUUGCACCUCUGAUUGCCUAAGAGAGAACGAACACUCCGGGCUGUCAGGCCGCCUACAGGUUUGCAUGUCGCCCUCUGCGUAGGACUUUUUGAAGUAUGUGGGAACCAGGGUGGGUGUGAGGGAUGAGCUAUCUGGUUGCUGAAACAUAGGCGAUUAGUAGACAGAUUCAACAAACGUAUUGAGCAGGGCAGUUUUAAACUUACCUGGCAGUGAAUUACUUUGUGUAAAUUUGCGGAGUUCAGAUGGAAGUCCCACGUGUGCAGCUGGAACGUCUUCCAGCCGCGGGGUCAUCGGAUUGCUGAAAUGCAAACGGUGAGCAGUCAAAGUCGACAAAGUGGUAUCCAACUUACCUUGUAGCCUCAUACGGGGUUGCAGGCGAAACCUCAUCUUGAAAAUUGCGAGACGGGGACCCGUCCGACCAACGGUGGUGGGAGGGGAGCAGAGUUACCGCGUGUGGAGAUACAUACACGGAUACACUCACCUGGUUUACCUCAGCGUUCGAAGCGUUUACCGCUAGGCAGAGCCUAGCAUCGGGUAGCCACGUGUGAGAGUUGGGUGCCAGUUCAUGGACGCUAGGCUUAGUCAACUUCUGCAAGUAGGUGAGCGACCUACUACGACCUUCGCUUGGACCCACAACUGGACACCCCUACACCCCACUGUUUAUACGUAAUUAAGAGGUGUCAGAAUUCGAUUAAUGUAUUAAACACCACCUCCUUCGUCACUUUCGCCCUGUGUUAGGGUUAUUCUCUAUUAUCUGGAGCAUCCUGCUCUAUGCUUCUGUACCAGUGCAUUUUGGUUGACAUCUUUCUUUUGAAUCAAAGCUAUUCCUGACUUUCCCUUGUCCUCACUGUUUUCACGCUCGCGUUAUUGGAUGCCGACGACAUUCUGCAUUGAUAUAGUUGCGCAGAAGCAACUUUGCUCUGGGGCUGUUAGCAGUAGUUUACUGGUUAUUUUAUGCAGCAUAUUUUUCGAUUGUCAAACGUCCGACGAAGGUCACAGUAUGUAUUUUAAGACGUAUGAUUUCUGACUUUUAAAAGCCCUGUACACUGUAAAACCUCGAAGAUGAAUUGGGGGCCUUCACGAAUCGUCAAGUCUUCAGUCUCUUUCGUGGACUUCUAAGGCAUCUUAGAUAACUUUGUGCAUUAGUGUUGUACUCCAUCAGCAUUAUUUAUCGUGGAAGUACAGUUUCUUUCAAUGCCGGCGUGGUUUAGCGAUUCAUGAGACGUAGAAGUAUGUAUGGAUUCCGACCUCUCGUAAACCUAGAAUUUUUGCUGAAGGUACCGUAAUAGGAAACUCAUCGGUUUGAAGGGUGAAGACUUCAUAAUCAGUGCCUAACUUUCUGGACACUCCGCCAACUGUUCAGCCCACCUACAACAAGUGGUGGUGCCUAAUACAGUAGAUUUGGUUUGACCAAUUGAUCUCCUCUAUGAAUGUGUGCUGCUUUAUGGUGCACCUAGCCUGUAGCAAACAACUGUCACGGACAAUAGCCGAUAUUUCCACUGAUGAAAUUGGCUUAACUUUCCUACCCAAUCACCGCCCUACCCCCUUAUUCACUGUCACCCCAAGGCUUACUUUCACACCAUCCCUUUCUGCAUCCCGCCUUCCACUCACAGAGUCCGUCCAGAAUCAAACAGUACAAUCAGCUGACUGUACUCGACGACUUUGACUCUCUGGAUGAGGACUCCGGCGACGAAGAGAAGGAGCAGAACAAGACGGGGUCGCGGGAAAUGAUGCCAUUGCGAAGUUUGCCUGAAAUUUGCUCGGAGGCAGUCACCCAGUUGCCGACGGAACCAUCUCAGACGAUCGCAGGGCCGGCAUUAGCGCCGGAGGAGAAGCAAUCUACCUCAUCAUGCACAUUCUCCGGUACUCCGGUUGCCGAGGACCACUCAGCCUGUAAGUGUUCCCUCAAGGUAGGGAAGGUCGUGGUGUUUUUUCAUUCUGCCCUGUUUAGCGAAGUAUCAUCCAACUGUCUCAAACAAACUCAUGAUGUCGCAGCGUCCAGCUUUGAAAUGAAGGUAACAUUUAAUUGGGCCUAGAGGAACUUUAUAUGAAUGCCACCUAUUUCUAGAACAAGUGCAGGACUUUAUAAAUUAUGGGGAGAGGAGGAGAUGAGAUCCACCUCUCCACGCGACCUUUCCUCUCUCUUUGAUGCAUCUGGCACGCUUUGGAAUGUCGCUGUGCCCUGAAGUCUUGGCUUAGAAUGUUACUGGCCGACUCCAGGACCGAGCGUAGUGUUGUGCCGACUCUUAACUGUGACCCUUUGGCGACUAUAAUCAAUGUGAUGUCCGAGUGAACGAACUCUGGCUCGUAUUGACUGAGUGGCCACCACGUGUGCGGCACGCGAUAGGUAAGGAUGAAAUGCCCCGUCAGCCACUGUGUCUCAAGUCGCCUUGACCUAGUCUUACUACAGUGUCACUAUCGGCGAGGGUGAGGUCCGCACCGCGAAAACCACACUCUUUGUUACACUUGCUUUGUCAUAAUUGACAAAAGCCGUGUUCAGCAGGUUUUACUUGUAAUUAGGGUACUGUGUGGAGUAGUACCUGACGUUAAGACGCCUCCGGGGUAUCCUCGGAGUCCAUUUAUGGACCGUAAGGCUUGCAGAUUAUUGGGUCCGUUGUACAUUGUCGUCGACGACAUUACCGUUGCAGUUGUUUCAGGAAGGCAGUACUGCUGCUGAUGACGUCAGGGUUUACGUAUAACAGCUGGGAGUGGUCCAGGGAUAAAAUUAUGGUAGACGGUCAGACAAUAUAAGCAAUAGCUGUUGGCAGCCCGUGGGAAUCUGGGUUUCACUGCAGCUACAUCGAACGCCCGAUUCCUUGCAGCCUACAUUUAAACCAUAAGUGCUGCACUUGUAGGCUAACGGACAGAGUCUACUUUUGAUGUGCCACUUCCGGUGGACUUAGGUCGCGUUCCAUCCGACGUUCCAGGUGCUGACGCUAUUGGCAUGAAGAGCAACAUAGUUUGUGCCAAGAUGGACGCAAAGCUGCUAAAUCAUCUCGGUUCGCGUCCAGACUGUGCGCCCGCAUUCUGGUCACUUAUUAGUCAGUUGUACAAAUUUUGUGGUUCUCGGCGAUGUGUCGACGUUGUUGCGAUAGAUGCGGUGGUUUUACACAAAGCCAAUGCGGGUUCGAACAUGUGUUGACAGUGGUGACGUAUGGGAAAGAGUUAGGCGUUGGCGGUGUCGUCGUGAAAUACGCCAAUCUCCUUUGCCUCAUUGAUUCGAUUGACUUCUAAAGUCGCCGCUCCAUUCUCGACGGCAGUUUGUCAUACUUCCUGAUCUACCAAUAUAAGGGAAUAGACGAGUUUAAGGACGUAGUCGUGAAGAAGGAUACACGGGUCCCUUAUCUGCUAUUAUCUCUGAUGAUGGGUUCGAGCGGGAAUCCGAAACGUCAGGCGGAUAAAUCUCAUGUCCCAGCGAUCGUGUCUCCUCCACAUCUUGAUAUAUUCUGAGGCAUUUAAGCGAAGCCGUGAUGAGGCCCUUUUAGUCUUGUUUCUGUACUUACAGAUUGCGACCACCUCUAGCAACGUCUCCACAGUAGAGUCACUUCAUAGGGUCUCCAUCAGUUAUCCUCACAACGUUGCCACUCCAGAUACUUUGAAUUUACCUCAACAUUGCGAAGAUGUUGAGGACACAAACCGAUUCCAAAACCUUGUCGCUUCAUUACCAAGAUCUAUGGGAGACAGUUGAGCCGGCAAUGGUUGGGCUUCCAUGUUUGAAUCUGAUAGACGUCCCGGGCCCCAUCCCUGGCGUCUUUGACGCGCAGGUCCAAGGCUCGAUGAUUGCAGUGGUACGGGUUCCGUUUCGCAGUCUGCUCCACUUGGCACCUAUCCUCCAAGAAUCGUUUCAGAUUCAGUCUGUUUUUGCCCACCCCACAAGCACACUCUCGUCUCGCCCCAACCUUAUCCAGCGGUGCGAUGUUUAGCCCCCUUUAGCGCCAUCCUCUCCUGAGGCGGUCUCCGUGGGAGUUUAGUGUUCGAAAUCUGUGGGUGGUUGUCCGUCCAGGAUUUGCUGUCUUACAUCGUCUUCAUCACCAGUAUGCUCCACUUUACGUCUCCUGAGGAUCACAUAGUCCUCGACGGGAGUGGGGAUGUUUCUGACUUGUGAUAAAUAGGUGGUGCUCCGCACAGGCCAUCAGCAGAAGUCCAACUAGAUAACAACCACCACUCCUGUGGCGCCUGCAUCCCUCAUGCAUCGAAUUCUCUAGGAAGUCAAAUUUUUCCGCCUUUGCCACAUACACGAGAAAGGAGUGCAAAUCUGCGUGGACGUUGUCCUUCAUACUGUCACGUAGCGUCACUGUGGAAGCGUAGACCACCAGGGUGGACAAAUUGCGUUUCACCGAGUUAGCUUCACAUCCCGUUAAAAUGAUCGCCAGUUCCGUUCAGGAGCCCGAAGUGUCAUGGUGACUAUACUACUAGUAAUACCGAUCGUUUGUAAAACGGGUAUUAUACGGCUAUUCCUCAGUAGUUGGUUGUAUUCGCCUUAAAUGUUCUUCAGAACUUCCUAGUCGGCCUUAAAAAGCCAUGUUCCGGACAUUUUCCUUCAGGUUAUUCCCUUGAUACUUUACGAACUACUAGUUUAGCAAUGUCCUAAUAAUUUCUCAAUGGAAAUUGCAUCUUUAUCACCUCUUUGUUUUUUUAUCGUAACUGUUGCUCCAGGAGAAUUUAUAUCCUGUUCUAACUCUACUUAGCUGUCCUUGUUCAGACAAGGGGUUCCGCAUGUUGCCACCGUUUGACAGGAGUAAUAGGUGUUCCUCGCCGACUCCAGUGGAUCAUCUAAAAGCAUCCUCCACGCAAGCAUGUUCAUUAAGUUGUCAUUAUCUGGCGUUCCUUUCCAUUUUUCGCCAUAUAGUUUCUGCAGUGUCUGGCGGGGAAGAAAACCAACCUGUCGGCUCGACUGACGGUGAUAAGAUGUUUAUCAACCUGUCUCGGUCUAGGAGCAGCACUCCACGGGACACUUCCCCUACGCGCUCUGGAACCCAAGAGGAGUCCGCGCCAUCACUGGACCCUGCUGCAAGCUCCAGUCCCUCGGAUUGCAUUGCCAUGGCACCCACGCCGACUUGCAUCCCCGACCCACAGGAGUACACCCGAAUGCUGAAAGAAGUAAAUCGUCUUCGCGAAGAGCUACAACGCAUUCAAGGAGUGGCAGCUCCCCAGGAAGCCCCAAAAACCGAGGACAUGAAGCCUCUGACGUGAGUUUGUAUGUCUCUCCUUCUAAAACCCCGAGAUGACUGUUCACUGACCUGCAGACAGUUACGGACGGUAAGAGCAUUCGUAUGCGGAAAGUGAGCUUUCACAUCUUACUUUUGCUGUUUGGAAACAUUGGAUCGGCGUAUUGCUCACUAUCCCAUUAUUCAUAAAAAGGAUAGUUGUAAGAACGCAUCAUAUUUUCGAGUGACCCCACCGUCUCUCUGAGUAGCAAUUUUGUACCCUGUGACGCCUGUUUUAAGGUCGCACCCGCCUGUUUUGAGGCUCACUCGCGCUUGGUUUGAACAGUAUGCUCUAGCAGUGACCGAGGAGUAAUCGUUAAUACUAGUUGUUGUUUAGACGAUGGUAGUAGUGCCGAUUUGGCCCUCGGGCCUAAGUAACCUUCCUACGGAUGGCACCUCCAAUAUUUCCUUUUGUCUGACUUUAAAUUUCAUUCCCAGUCGCUGCAGUAAGAAAGACACCUAUUUAGGCUUUGCGGCAACUGUGGCCGCGGCGGUGGCGGCUUCGGCGACCAGAAGGUUGGCUAGGCGUUUAUGAAGCUCAAUGCUGAAAUGGAGAUGGUGAGCAGGCAAAGACAACAAAACAAUAUUCACCUUACCUGGGGGUCCCUUACCUUGAGGUAUCCUGUGAGGCUGUAGGCGAAUCCUCAUCUUGGAGAUAAUGAGGCGGUGGUCGACCCAUCCGUCGGCACCCGGGGUCGCCCUUGUCACCGGCACGUCCUGGUGGUCUCGCUUCCGGACGAGGACAUAGUCCAGCAGGUACCACUGACGCGAGCGAGGAUGCAUCCAGGUGGCCUUCUCUCGCGUCGGAGGACAGAAGAAGGUGUUGGCCAGAAUGAGGCGGUGUUCUGCACAGGUUCGUAGGAGGAGCAGACCAUUGUGGUUGGCGCCGCCGUGGCCGUGGGGACCCAGCACUCCUUUCCAGACAGCAUGGUCUGUGCUGACGCGAGCGUUGAAGUAACCAAGGUCAAUCAACUUAUUCGCCUUCGUCACAGUCGCCAGGAGGGCCUGUAGGUCCUCGUAAAAUUUAUUUCUCGCGUCGUUAGGGCUGGUCAUUGGGGAAGCGUAGAUACUGACGAUGGGGACGAGUUUGCCUCCCUGGAGAGACAGGCGGAGGCUCAUCAAGCGUUCAUGGAUGGCCUGCGACAGACAGGGCAGUCGUCCCACAAUAUUGUUACGGAUGGCAAAGGCGACACCCGCGUCCUGUCGCCCUGCCUUGUGGCGACCGCUCCAGAAGGUGUAUCCGGCAGCCACCUCCUCUGGUUGGCCUUGUUGGGCGAACUGGGUGUCGCUGAGUGCAGCGAUGUGCACCAGUUCUCGAGCUACUAUCACUGUCCUUCGUUGCGGUCGGUUUCUCCUCGGAUUGUCUAAGAGAGAACGAACAUUCCAGGCUGCCAGAAUGAGCGGUCUCAUUCUAUCAGUCGGUCGAGUGGGUCGGCGGGAAGGAGGAUGAGAAGGGGGAAAAGGGAGAGAGUGCUGCUUCGGUUUUGACCGUGAGUUUUGCGCCUUCGGCCAUGGUCAGCCUACAGACGGCGUGGAUUGCCAGCAUUUGUUUAGGGCACAUUUUCUAGCCCCAUCGCAAUCGCAGAGGUAAGCAGUGCUGUCCUUAAGUAGUGAUGCUUGGGCAUCCCAGACGACUGCCGGACUCAGUUAUGGGCCAGUACUUUUACUUUGUGGGAGAACAGCCCCAGUUAGCCUGUGUCUGCCCAAGACUUUGCCAUAGGUCUUGGGGUUGGGGGGUGGGGGUGGGGAAGGGUAGACAGACGCGAUGCAGAGCUUUCAUGUCCCUCUCCGAGCUAACUGGUUGCUGAAAUAUAAAUGGUGAGCAGAGGAAUUUAACAGAACCACAUUUACCUGGCAAUAACGAUGGAGACGAACAAGCAGACGAAGGGCAAGCAAACGAGAGCGGCAUAAAGCAAGGGCAACGAUGAAAUUCAUCAGAACAGUAUUUGGCUUUCAAAGGGAACAAUCACAAACAGGCAAACAAAUUGCAAUCCUACAGAGCGAUGUUCGCCUACCUGGUCACUUGCCUUGCAGUCUCCCACGGUGUUGCGGACUGAGCCUCAUCACGGCGAUGCCCAGACGGUGAUCCAUCCGGCCAGCGGAGCUGAGUUACCGUGUGCAGAGAUGCACACGGAUACCCUCACCUGGUUUGGCCCGCUGGUCGAGGCGGUUACUGGGGUGUGGUCGUCAGAUAGAGUCUUUUCAGGUCAGCGAGUCCUAGUGUGUGCAUGUGUUCGCGCUGAUUUUAGCGCCUAUGUGUGUACUACUGUGUUUGUGUACACACACUGUAUAUCUGACUUUCCGUCGUAGAACUGCAUACGGAUUUUGCGUUGCGGGCUUGACCCAACACUCGUGGUUACCCUACUUGUCGUAACUCAAGCGUCUCAUGUUAUUGUAGUCUUCAGUGUCCGGCAGUACAAAUCUCGGUCGUUGGGCGCGCGAGUCAUGGCUUCAUCGAAACUUCACCUACGCAUUCUGACUUGGUUUGGGGUCAGGACACUAGCGCCAGUGACUGAUGAACGCAAAAUCAGUCGCCCUUAGCGCGGAGUUUACUUCCGCCUUGGUUAUUUUAAUGUCUUUUGAGGGUGCCGGCCUAGUGUCAACAACAUUUUCCGCUUAAGAGGCUGAGCACGGGGGUAGCAGCUCCCGAUACACAGUCAUCGCGGUUCGAGCCUUUUCUCCGAAAUAACUACCAAAGAUGACGAGUUUAGACAGAGAGAACGCAGCCGACGGCUGACAAACCGGAGACUGCGGCAGCCGUUUUUUCUGUUAUCUUCUGCCCUUUUCAGCUCUCUACAUCUCAACACCAUACGCGCCAUCGGAAGGAUACUGUUCGAGGCUUGUUUGCCCUUAGAAGUCAGACGGCCCAGUUAGAAAGGUCAGUCCUUCGUAAGCAGAUGAGCUGGAAGGUCACUCUUGACUCUGGGUGAAUGCGAAUGUGAUGAGCAAAGGCCAAAUUUCAGCGGCCUGUCACGCAUUUUUUUUACUAAAAAUGACCAUUACUAAAUAAUGUAGGUCUUGGGCGUGCCCUGUCACCAGUCACGCCUAUCCCUGACACCUCGCAAUAUAUGAUCUCUGUGCCUGCACGACUGUAUGUGUCUUUUCGUAAAUGCUCACGUCUUCAAUGUACACACGCACGUACAUCCCAAAUCAAAACUCCACUUUUUGCAUCCUAGACCAUCUAAUGACUCCAACGGAGUUGCCGCCCAAGCGAACGGACCCCAGAAUCAGGUGAGUUAGUACGCAUUCUCUCCUCCGCCUUAUUUCAUUGCCUUUCUGUGUCCCGAUGGUCUGGUCAUAUGCACGGUGAUGUCUAUGUGGUCCAGUGUUCUGUGCGGCCACCCCUCGACUACCAGGUGGUGAUUCUGGUCACAAACCUCUGGUUCUGAAUCCAAGACAAUUAUGCUCCUCUUCGUUACAAGGGGUGACGUUAUUUUGUCUCUAAUUGUAAAUAUACUGUUUAACAGCAUGUUACCGGUAUCAUUUAAUCUACGCAUCAAUUUAGUCGAGUUAGCCUUCGCAACAUAAGCAACAAGGAUUUUGCAUAGAAUCUUGUUCCUACGCUAGUUAUGUAGUACUACUGCGCUCUUCCGGUAGACGUAAACCAUAAUAACGCCUCUGCUUCGGGUCGUUUAGGUAUGUGGAGCCAGUACGUGUUUUUCUGCACCAUGUUUUCCCGCGUUUUAUGUUCAAACAGACCUCCACCUCCCGCUCUCUGUCAGUAAUCUUUUUUUUCUCUAGUCGUGCAUUGAGGAUAAUACAUUGCCCACCGGUUUCAACAGUCCUCUCCACAACCUAUCAGUGCCGAUCCCCUUGACAGAGAAUCGGCGUCUCACGGACUGGUCGGUAUCUCUGGACCAAACCAAUCAAUCCCUCUGUGAUUCCACAAGAGAAGACGUGUUGUCGUCGUCUGCACGAGACGGCGGAACGUUUGACGAAGUGGUCACCCCGCGUUCCACCCUGGUAAGUUUAUUCCCGCUUUUGCAUGUACCAGCUAGCUUUCUGUACGCUUGAACGGGUCCUAAGCCCAACGUCCGGACAGCCUUGGGGUGCCUUCUCUAAGUUAAUGGAUGCGCUACCAAAACUAGGGUGGGGCUUGCUGACUGCCUUACAAAAUGUCAUAAAGCCUGCUUACGGCACCGUGCUGUGCUUUAGUAAAUCGGCAGUAGAUAGUUUCUCUGGCCACAGCUGCGUUUUGUUUAGGUCCCAACGAACCAACCUGGAACAAGAAAUCAGGGCGAUGUUUUGAACCUUUUGUGCGAAAAGUUGGCAAGAAACCUGACCAAAGUUGAGUUCGGCCAGAACAGGCCUGCUCAAAGUUGUAUCGUGUAGGUCAGAAGGCAAAGUUAUCGGGUCCUUCUGACCUGGCGUUGCAAUAUGCCCUGCAGUGGAAAAUAAGGCAGUUCCGCUGAUUGUUGAUCUCUUGACCUUGCUCGACUACCUGCAAUAUCUAUAAUUUCUGACUUUUCGCCAGGCAGCAUACAUCGCCUGUUCUCCGUCGUCCAAUCUGGUCAGGUUAAUGUGCCGCGCCUUCCUUGCCACCAUGCCAUCUUAGGGCCCAUUAUCCGGACAUUUAGACUCGAAAUUACACACAGUAUGUGGCCUCUCAGGGCAUGUUAACCGAAAUUGUGAAAUGUUUUCGAUUAGGCAGGAUUACUCAAGGGGAGGGAUUGUAAUAUUAAUUGUCGUGCAACGGAAUCCUAAAAUAUUUUAGUCGCUCUCGAAUGCUGGCUUUUGAAUGAGCUUCCUUCUGGCCGCUGGCAAAAGUCACAUUGAUUUCUGAUGUCCUUAUAAAUUCAAGAAAACGUUUUAUUGAAAACAUACGCAAGCAUAUUCCUUCUUGCAUUCAUUUAGUGGCAACUUACGUCUUUCUCAAGUUUUAUCCUCAAUAUCAUCCUGUUCUAAAAAAUCCUUUUUACAAAUUCCGAGUAAUUUUGGACACAAUCAGCAGUUUCACUUGCGCUUGAGGUUUUCAAGGUACGCGCCGUAUACUUUCUGUGUAGGGAAAACCAUGCAUUUCUGUCUUAUUAAGAUUGUGGCCUAUGAACAACAUUCAUAAACAGAUAGAUACGAUGCUGCUUUAGUGGACAAUUCGCAGUCUUGAAGAAUCCCCUAAUUACAGGCCUUUCUAAACCGAAGGAUACACUUUCUCCAAGUAUCAUUUUUCGGAAAGCGACAAAGAAUAUUUUCGUGUAGCUUCCUCACCGAAAACACAUUUCUGAAUGUGGUUUAGCAUUUGACGAGAAAGACCAGUUACUAUAAUUUUCAACCUGCAUUCAAGCUUUGCUUCCGUUACUUUUUUAAAUAGCCCCUGUCACUUGUAAUUUAAAUCUUCCAUCGCAAGAUUUCUUGGAGUCCUUAUAAAGCACUCACUCCAUGUUCGCGUAGUCCUCUGCACUGCAGGUUGGAUGGCAAAUAUAAGAGUCAAAUGGCCAGCGUUUUUUCUUAAAGUACUACUUUUUCCUAGUAGCGCGUUGUUCCACGAGAAAUUCGGGACUUAAAUUUUUUUCAUUACACUCCCAAGAUAGGUGAUAGCGUAAGGUCCAGACAGUUGUUCUGAAAUUAAAAUCUACCUAUACGAUAAACUACAUGGGAACUCACUGAGGGGCCGAGCCCCUCUCAGUUACUUCAUGCAACAGCAGAAACCAGCAAGACACGUGUCCAGGUCUUUUACUAGCAGCUGCGUUGCGAGGAUGGUAGGGCAUUUUUCCGUGCAUAGUGCAUAAUACUAUAAAUUUGCCGGGUUUAAAGAUGCGCCUUACUCAUUGGGGCUGAUUGCAAUCAGCCCUGAUUUUUAGAUGGCCUCAGGUUCAGUUUCGAAAAGUCGUUUCCCGGUGACCCAACUCGAGAAGGAAAAUCACGCGCCAAAAAUUGUGCUCUUGUGAUUUAUGGCUGUCUUCCUUACUAGACACGUCCUACUUUGGCAUCAUUUUUUCAGAUCGGAAAUUAAUUCCUGUUCACUUCUUAAGCCCUGUGUGCCUGACUGUUUUAGCGAGGGAGUGAUGUUAAACAGGACUUAACAUUUACUGCUCGCACUGCCAUCACAUUCUUCACAGCAUUGGGAAGCGCAUUGUGUAAAAGAAUGAUCCCGAGCACUUCCUACCGGUUUGCAGGCGCGCCUGCAGGUUUCUAAAUCUCCCCAGAUCCGCACCUCAUUGUGCAUUUUUUACAGGAUUCCGAAGCUCAUUUGGAGUACUUACACGAGUUAUGUUUUGCCAACAACCAAACUCGCUCUUACGAGUUUCCCACGCAGUAGUUUCGCACGUGAUUUCUGUUAACCCUCUGUCGCCCCCCUCCCCCUUUCAUUUCUUGUAAUCUUUCACAGAACACGACGAUCGACCUGAUUCUCAGCCUAUUUGUCUGA